AUGGAACCCUCUCGCAUAGAAAAUAGCAUUAUUUCUAAAAACUCAGACGUAUCUGCAUCCGAAGCAAACAUCUACACUUCUGAUUGUUGUAUCAAUGUAGGAUCUGAAAUUGGUGAAAUUUUUAGUGAAGUGUUUCACGCAGAUCCUUGUAUUUCUGAUAUUGAACAUUUAUGCACAGACUCAAUGCGAGAAUACGAAGAAUACGUAGAAACAGAAAAUCCAAAGAGUGAAAAAGAGAUUUUUGGCGGAAUGGCUAGUUCGGAGAGUAAUGAAGAGAAUGUCCAAGUGACUGAGUCUAGUUUUGACUAUGAAAGUUCCAAAGAAAACUUUUCAUUUGUCGAAAUAUCACAUGAAGAAAACAGUAGAAGUGUUAUAAACAACUCAAUAGAUGCUCCAAGUGUAGUUCAUGACUCAUAUAACACAGAAUCAGACUUGACAGCCAAACGAUACAAGAGUAGCACAUCCUCCAUCUCUUGCCAGGAUAUAAACAGGUCUAAUAGCACAGCAUCAUUCACUUUGGACAAUAACAGACAAGCUUUUUCUGGAUUCAAAAAUGGAAAAGACCAGGAAAUCUACAUAGAUCCAUCGAAGAUUGAGACUGCGAUGGCAAAUCUAGAUUCACAAGAGAAGAAUGAAUGCACAUCGAAGUUUAUUAAGGAUUUAAUAUCUUCACUUCCAAGCACGUCGCAAGAUACAACGGUCUCAGAUGAAGAGAUAGUUACACAGGUUGUUGAAGAUGACUUAUUUGAAAGCACCGAGCUGAAUAAAGUAAUAGACUUUGACAGCCCAAGUAUUAGGGCUGAUAAUAACAAUCAACCUAAUGAAAAACAUAAACUGAUAAGCGAUAUUGAAAGCUAUUCAUGCAAAGGUAAGAACGAUAUAAUUAAUAGAUCGAAUGAUGACAAAUAUAAACUAGAAAAUAUUACAGGUAAGAUAAUCGAUUCGGGAUUUACAACAGGUAACAACAAAAAUGUUCUUGUGAAUUCUAAGAAUAUUAAGCACAUGGACCUUUACUAUGAAGAAGAUCAAGAAAAUGCCAAGAGUAAAAAUUGUAUGAAAUCAAAAACAAAUAGCAACACUACCGGACAAAUGGAAAACGAGAUCUUUGUUGAAUCCGCAUUUAUGACAGGCAAAAACCAAACAAUUCUAAUUGAUUUGAAGAAUCUAAAAACGACUGAGAACCAAACAAUGUUGAUUGACGCGGAUGAUGAUUCUUUACAAAUCAAUCAUGAUAAGCUUAGUAAAAAUGACAGCAUCGUAUCCAUUGGUAACAAUGCCAAUAGUACGUUUUCAAAGAAUCAAUUUAUGAAAAAAUGUAGCAUUUCCCGUCAAAAAGAUGUCUGUAGUAGGAUCACAGAAGAUUUAUCUCUGGCUGAGACAUUCUCCAAGGUUCUGAGGCACUUUAAGAAGGAAGAACACAGCUGGAUCUUUGAACAGUUCAAAUGGACAUGGCUUCAUUUAUACUUAAACAAUGAAAUAGGCGAUAAUGAAAGUACCUUAGAAAAGAUUAUUGAAAUUAUGAUACUAAGACAAAAAUAUGAAAAGUCUAUUCUGAGAAGAAUUGUGGAAUUCGAUGAUGUUCCUUUUAGGUUUAUGGUUCUUGGAUUAAUAGAUUAUUCUGAAGAAUGUGCCGAGCUUUUUGAUGGGUUUUACUCUCUCAAAUUCAGAAUUGACAAGAAUAUUUACACUCUUCUAAGAAAUAGCGAAUGCACUCUUGGCUCCAAACUGUUUGUCUUUGGAUCUGCCAUUCUUCUGAAGGGGGCUACCAGUAUCUUUGAUAUUCAGGGGACUCCUCUUAGAUUGUUUUAUAACAGUGUAAAAGUUUGCCAUGGGGAUUAUAAAUUAGGUGCAGCCAAAAAAAUAUCUUUUCUGAAUACAAUCUCCGCUAUUCUACCGGAUGGGGGAGUGGUAAGUGGACUUAAUGCUAGGAUCAAGCAGAUAUUAGAGUUUAAGUAUCUUGUUGCUGUUGAAAAUUACAAAAACAGGGUAGAUGAUCUUGAAAAGGAGAUAGAAAAGAUAUAUGAAAUAGCAGGUAAGACAGGGUAUAGAGUGAGAGUUGAAGAUAUUUCUGUACGACAGUAUUGUAAGCUGCUAAUAGAAGAUGAAACUGGAGAGUGCUAUCUGACAUGGUGGAAUCCGCCAGAAGUACAUGUUGGUGAGAGAUACAAGUUUGUAUUUCUGAAUACUAUUGAAAGGGCCUGUGAGCUCCACUUAACAACAACAAAGAAGACAUACACCGAGAAAGUAAAAAUAUAA